CGCUGUCAUUUCGAGCGGAGAUGAUGAAGUCCUGGUGAUCGAUUUGCUGCGCAUAUUAAAAGUGUCUCAACCAGCUGUCUUGGGUCCUGUCACACCAAGCAUCAUUCGUCAUGCCUUCUACCAUUUCUGUACUUGCUGCGGGGGUUCUUGUGCCUGUUUUGGGCGCGGUGGCUGCUAAGCUUCCUUCUACGGCUCAGAUUAUUGAUCAGAAGUCGUUCAAUGUCUUGAAGGAUGUGCCGCCUCCUGCAGUAGCCAAUGAUUCUUUGGUGUUUACUUGGCCCGGUGUAACUGAGGAGUCUCUUGUUGAGAAGCCUUUCCAUGUUUACGAUGAAGAGUUCUACGACGUCAUUGGAAAGGAUCCCUCUUUGACCCUCAUCGCAACAUCGGAUACCGACCCCAUCUUCCAUGAGGCUGUUGUAUGGUAUCCUCCUACUGAAGAGGUCUUCUUUGUACAGAAUGCUGGCGCUCCUGCCGCUGGCACUGGCUUGAACAAGUCAUCUAUCAUCCAGAAGAUUUCUCUCAAGGAGGCUGAUGCUGUUCGCAAGGGAAAGCAGGAGGAGGUCAAGGUUACUGUCGUUGACUCAAAUCCUCAGGUCAUCAACCCCAAUGGUGGCACUUACUACAAGGGCAACAUCAUCUUCGCUGGUGAGGGCCAGGGUGACGAUGUUCCUUCUGCUCUGUACCUUAUGAACCCCCUCCCUCCUUACAACACCACCACCCUUCUCAACAACUACUUCGGUCGCCAGUUCAACUCGCUCAACGAUGUCGGCAUCAACCCCAGGAACGGUGACCUGUACUUCACCGAUACCCUCUAUGGGUAUCUCCAAGACUUCCGUCCUGUUCCUGGUCUGCGAAACCAAGUCUAUCGUUACAACUUUGACACUGGCGCUGUUACUGUUGUCGCUGAUGACUUUACCCUUCCCAACGGUAUUGGCUUUGGCCCCGACGGCAAGAAGGUUUACGUCACCGACACUGGCAUUGCUCUCGGUUUCUACGGUCGCAACCUCUCUUCUCCCGCUUCUGUUUACUCCUUCGAUGUGAACCAGGACGGUACUCUGCAGAACCGCAAGACCUUUGCUUAUGUUGCCUCAUUCAUCCCCGAUGGUGUCCACACUGACUCCAAGGGCCGUGUUUAUGCCGGUUGUGGUGAUGGUGUCCAUGUCUGGAACCCAUCUGGCAAGCUCAUCGGCAAGAUCUACACCGGAACUGUUGCUGCUAACUUUCAGUUUGCUGGCAAGGGAAGGAUGAUUAUCACUGGACAGACCAAGCUGUUCUAUGUCACCCUUGGAGCGUCAGGCCCCAAGCUGUAUGACUAGAGAAGUUCUCUUCUUCAUAGGCACAUGGAUAAUAGAAUAUGGCCUUUAAUAUCUGCCUGGUCGUUUCUUGCAAUGUUCCAGUUCUCUCUUCGUUGGAUUCUGCCUUGAAACCAUGAAGCAGCAUCUUCUUCUUCAAAACUCGAGAAUGUACGAGUGGUUUCUUGGCUGAAAUAAAUAUCCAGUACAGAUCAAUCAGCCUAAGUCUUUCCAUCUCGAAGCAUCAGAUCAUGAAUGCAUAUUUUGUAACCCCGCUUUCACCCAUACAAUCGUAG